GCAAUUCCACAAUGUUUGGGAUACUUCAGCAACGUUCUAUUUGUAUUAGAUCUGCAGUUCAAUGCCUUUCAGGGGAACAUCCCCAUGAUAUUUGGAAAGGGUAAUCAGUUGGAAAUUCUUAAUUUGAAUGGAAAUCAGUUUGAAGGACCAGUUCCACAAUCCUUAACCAAUUGUAGACAGUUAAAAGUUCUAGACCUCGGAAACAACAAGAUAAAUGACACUUUUCCAUACUGGUUGGGGACACUUCCAGAGUUACGGGUUCUUGUCUUGCGAUCCAACAAAUUUCAUGGUCCAAUAGACAAUUCCAAGCCAAACCUCUCUUUUCCCAAACUCCGAAUUGUUGACCUCUCCCACAAUAAGUUCACUGGUUAUUUGCCAGGGAGAUAUUUCAAAUUUUUCGAAGCUAUGAGGAAUAAGACUAUGCCAAAUGAAAAAUAUUUGAGUGUUAGAUCGUAUUAUCAAGCUUCUAUUGCAGUGACAAUGAAGGGGUCAUAUAUUGAUUUAACGAGAAUUUUUACUCUUUUCACAGCAAUUGAUUUAUCAUCUAACAAAUUCAGUGAAGAUAUUCCAAAUGUGAUCGGAAGGCUUACUUCUCUCAUAGUGCUUAAUUUAUCUCAUAAUAGCCUUACGGGCCCUAUUCCAUCAUCUUUAGGAGACUUGACAGAGCUGGAAUCACUAGAUCUGUCUUCAAACCAGCUUAUUGGGAAAAUUCCUAACCAUUUAUUGAGUUUGACAUUUCUUGGGGUCUUUAACCUUUCAUGGAACCAUCUCAAUGGACCCAUACCUCGGGGCAAACAAUUUGAUACAUUUGGAAAUGAUUCAUAUGUUGGGAACUCCGGAUUAUGUGGGUUUCCAUUGUCAAAGGAAUGUAAAGAUAAUCAAUCACAAGUUCAGCCAGGGGUGCUAUUACAACAGGAGGAUGACUCAAAUUUUGUAAGUGGAUUUACUUGGGAAGCCGUGGUGAUGGGGUAUGGCAGUGGACUGGCAUUGGGAUUGUUUAUUGGAUUUCUCAUGUUCUUAACUGGAAAACCAAAAUUGUUUGUAAGAAUUGUUGAAAGGAAAAAGCAUAAAACGCUGAAAAUGUUGAGACAAGGUGGAAGAAGAAAUUAGCAAACAUGGAUUAUGCUUUCAGG